CAUCAACACAUACUCAUUUCACCAAUCUCAAGCACUGAGAGGAACGUCUUGUCAUGCGCUGUCAGAUCCUCCUGCCCUACUGAAUUAACGGACAAUGGCCACUCAAGCUUCUGUGGUUUCUUCUUCUGCAAUUCCUAGCGAAAGCAUUCCUAACCAAACCUGCAACGUGUUCACAUACAAGGAGUCAGCUCGGGUCCUUUUUCCCACCUUCUACAUCAUUGUACUUGUCAUUAGUGUCUCUGGCAACAGCCUGGUCUUGUACAUUACUUGCCAGAAAAAGCAGAAGUUCAACUCCACAUCACUGUACCUGAUCAACCUGGCAAUCUCUGACACCCUCUUCACUCUUGCUCUGCCUGGUAGGAUUACCUACUACAUCCUUGGCUUUGACUGGCCCUUUGAAGAAGCCCUCUGUAGGCUGACUGCCAUGAUCUUCUAUUCCAACACAUAUGCUGGCAUUGCUUUUAUGACCUGCAUCAGCAUAGACCGCUACCUGGCCAUGGUACACCCACGUAGGUGCUUGAGGCUCAGGAAUGUGAAAGUGGUGCGAGGCAUCUGUGUCCUGGUCUGGGUAAUUGUCCUUCUGGAGACAUCUCCUCUGCUCUUCAGGACCAUGAUGAAGAAGUGGGAUGAGCAUCGCACAUGCAUGGAGUACUCCAAUUUGGAUGAAUCUCCAAAGACGCCGUAUGUGCUUCUGUUUGCCUGUGCCACUGGGUUCUGCAUUCCACUGGGACUCAUCCUUGGCUGCUACAGCCAGAUCAAUUCCAAGCUUUCCAGGAUGGCCAAGGAGAACCCUAUGACCAGUAAGUCAGGGAAGAGCCAACGGGCCAAGAAUGUGAUCCUGCUGAUUCUGCUGAGCUUUGUGGUGUGCUUUGGUCCCUACCAUAUCAACAUUAUGCAAUUUAUGGUACGCAAGCUUCUCCAUGAGCCUUCCUGUGAGGAGAAGAAGGUUUUCAAGAUGUCCCUGCAAGUCACAGUGGCCAUGAUGAACCUGAACUGCUGCCUGGAUCCAGUUAUCUACUUCUUUGCCAUCAAGACAUAUAAGCAGAGGGUUGUGAGCCUCUUUAAGGGUUAUAUGCCAUCACUUUCUUCCAAGAGCAUGCCAGAGAACAGCAGCAGCAACACCUGAGGAGCACUUUUUUGAUAUACAUGAGCAAAAUCGAUAUCACAUUUAUGAAAUGUGAAAUGGACUGUUGAAAUAAGACUUAAGAAGGAUAUUUUUCAGCUGAAUUAAAAAGAAAUAUAUGCACUGUUUGAUAUAACUUGCAGUACAAAUCCAUGU